GUGUACCAGGAACCUCUAUCACACACACACACGCACACACACACACUGUCAAAGUCACCUGGUCCUCGGCUGUGAGUCCACACCUGGAUCUGCAGACAGACACGCCGAUAAGAAAAGCACAGUGUCUGUCAGGAGAGGAGGUGGUAACGUCAUGGCUGGAAGGAGGAGAACCAGUUUCUCGGGUGUGUUCGUCACAGCUCUGCUGGCUGUGGUUCUGCUGCCUGCAUUCUUGUCUGCGGGACCAAUUUUGAAAAAGCCAAAAGGAAAUGCGGGGGAGAGUAUCCAGGAGCGGGCGGCUGCUGCAGAGUCACACAGGAGGCUGAUCCGCAACCGCAGGAACGUCAGCUGGUACAAGCAGCAUUCUGACUUCUGGGGCUGGUACAAGUACUUCACCGACAAUGGCAACCAGGAGGCAGUUCAAGAGAUGGACCGCAUCUACCUGGCCUACCUCCAGAACAAGAACCGUGCCGAGGGGCGUCGCUCCUACAAGGCCUACCUGCGCCACCUGGGGGAGAUCUACAAGUCCUGCUCUGAUUCUGAUGACCCCAACUGUGUGGCUACCUACACCAGCAGGCCCAAACCCAAACCAGAAGCCCCUAAACCUGCACCAGUGAAAACCUGUGACCCCACCAAGGACGCUUACUGCCUGUAUGCUGCUUUAGUCCAGGGCAAGAGCCCAUACCUGCCCCUGGUGCUUCCUGCUGCCACGCCUGCUCCGGCACCAGUGAAGGCCCCAGCCCCCCUGUAUGUCCGCUCUGCUGCUCCAGCAAAGGACCCUCAGUCAGGGUAUUACUACUAUUCUCCAUCAGCAGUGCCCUUCCUUUCCAAGGAGCAGAAGACUGAGCUUCUGCGUAUCUGCUCUGCUGAUGACGUGGAGUGUCUGCAGUACCACCUGAGAGCGGCCUACGGGUACGCACCCUCUGCCGGACCCCUGCCUUCCUAUGCCCACCUCGGCUGUGACCCCAAAAAGGACCCCAAAUGCAAACCUGAACCUGUGCAGCAAGCACCCGCUGGUCUCUACCAGAGGGGGCCCCAGUAUCCUAGCUGUGAUCCGCACAGGGAUCCCUUCUGUGCCUUCUCUGCCUCCCCUGUGGCACCUGCUGUCCCCGCACCUGCUGGCCCUGGAUCCUGCAACCCUCUUUUUGAAGAAGGCUGCAACCCUCUCACUGCCACUAGAUUUGCUUCUCCCCCAGCAACGUACAAAAGUGAGGAUAAAGAGGAGGCUGCGGCCAUCCGGGCUCCUCCUCCUGCUGCGCAGAACAACGACCCCUAUGCCAUGUUCAGGGAUGCUUAUGCUCAUGCUAACAGAGUUACUGAUCCCUAUGCUAUGUACCGCCAGGCUAGCGCUCCAGCUGCCCCUCCAGCUAAUGACCCAUAUGCCAUGCUGCGCCAAUUCAUGGCCCAAGCUCAAGGUAAUGACCCAUAUGCUCCACGCACGGAGGCCACUCCGCACAUGGAGGCUGCUCCAGAGUACAACCCCAACGACCCUUUCUCUGCAAUCCGGGAGGCAGCAGCGGCCAUGCAUCGCCGCGGUCCUCCCGCCCCCAGGCAGCAGUUUCCAUUUUCUAAUCCAAGUUUUGAGGAGCCUGCCCAGGAGGAGCGCCACCCUCUGGGUCCCCCAGGUAAAACUAAGGAGGGCUAUGAUUGCUUCAUUGGCUACGAUCGGGAAUGCUACCCCGUGAAGCCCACUGAGCCUCGCUCUGGAGUUCACCGUCGUAUUCCUUACCCGGCCGAGGCCUACGAGCCCCACCUGAAUGCCGAUGGCACCCGAAAUGGAGUCCUGGAGCCUUCCAACCCACACUGUGACCCUGAAUAUGACAGUGACUGCCGCCUCCGCCGCUUUGAGCCUCAGCCCGAGGCCCAGCCUGAGCAUCAUGUUGAGGAGGACCACAACCAGGGGGCAGCAGAGAUCGAGCAGCCGGAACAAGAGCAGUAUGAGGCGGAGCCCUACCAGAGCGGCCAGGAGGAGCCUCACAUGUCCUACCAGCAACUACCACAGGGUAUGCCCAGCAUCCAGGACAUAUUGAGGCGCUACGGAGACCAGUUCCCUGACCAGGAUGAUCACAGAGCCUAUGCAGAUGACUAUCGCAAGAAAUAAACAUGCCAACACACACAUGCAUGCAGAUGGACAUGACUACAGUCCUGCACAUUUUUGUAGCUUAGCCAUUGACCUCCUUACGCAGUGCGCAGUAAGUCCUACCUGGACCAGAUAUGGGACACGAGAGGUCUAUGGACCCAAUGAGCGAGUACAUGCACGUACAUCCACACUUUCAGCUGUAGGAGCACGCUCAGAAAGCUGAGGUUCUUCCAGCAAUGUUUUCAUCCCUUUAGCUGCCCUAGACCUGUUGCUUUGGCCUAAUGCUUUCCAG